CACAACAGCUGGCAAAAAAAAAAUCAAAAAUCAAAAACCGGCGAGGCGAAGGAUUUCAGCGUUUGCGAACUUUUCCAUCAGAGAGACUCGUUCCGGAGAUUUUUUUAAUCGUUAUUUUUGUUUCUCUUCCGGCUGAUCUGCGUUCAACACAACCACUUGUUUUCAUAGAGAACGGCGAAGUGAAUUGAAGUCGGGGAAUCGCAUUUGCUCUCCAGAUUUUGCUCAAUGACUUCUUCGAUACAGGCUUAAUUUAGGAUCGGAGUUCUUUAAUAAGGUGAUCUAGCGAAGAUGAUGGUCGAGGAUCUUGGUGUGGAAGCCAAGGAAGCGGCUGUGCGGGAGGUCGCGAAGCUCUUACCGUUGCCUGAACUUUUACAGUCUAUUUCUUCGAUUAAGGCCGAUUACAUCGCUCGGCAACAGGCGAAUGAUGCACAGCUCAGUACCAUGGUUGCUGAGCAGGUUGAACAAGCUCAAGCUGGGUUAGAGUCGCUUUCUUCAUCUGAGAAGACCAUAUAUGAACUGAGGGAUAAUUUCAUUUCUAUCGACAAGCUUUGUCAGGAAUGUCAAACUUUGAUUGACAAUCACGACCAGAUAAAGCUGCUGAGUAAUGCCAGAAAUAAUCUAAACAAAACCCUAAAGGAUGUAGAGGGUAUGAUGUCAAUUUCUGUUGAAGCUGCUGCGGCUCGGGAGUCUCUGAAUGAUGAUAAAGAAAUCGUUAACACUUAUGAGAGAUUAACAGCACUUGAUGGUAAACGGAGAUUUGCAUUAGCAGCUGCUGGAGAGGAGGUUGGCAGGCUAAGGGAGUAUUUUGAAGAUGUUGAUAGAACAUGGGAAACAUUCGAGAAGACACUAUGGGGUCAUGUUUCCAACUAUUACAAACUUUCUAAAGAAAGUCCGCAAACGCUGGUUCGUGCUUUGAGGGUUGUUGAAAUGCAAGAAAUUCUUGACCAACAACUUGCUGAAGAAGCAGCAGAGGCUGAGGGAGAAGGUGCGAUGGCAUCUGUAGCAAAUCCCCGAAGGCCUGGCAAGAAAUCUACGACAACGUCAGCUUCGUCAAAGGGUCUUGCUCAACAAAAGUUAAAAGUCCAAGGGAAAGGCUACAAGGACAAAUGCUACGAGCAAAUUCGAAAGGCAGUCGAAAAUCGAUUUAACAGGCUUUUGACGCUUGUAUUUGAAGAUCUAAAAGCAGCUUUGGAGGAAGCUAGAACGAUUGGAGAGGAACUUGGAGAUAUUUAUGACUAUGUGGCUCCUUGUUUUCCUCCGAGAUACGAGAUAUUUCAGCUUAUGGUGAACCUGUAUACCGAGAGGUUCAUACAAAUGCUCAGAUUGCUCAGUGACAGGGCAAACGAUCUGACAAAUAUAGAAAUUUUAAAGGUGACUGGUUGGGUAGUAGAGUACCAAGAAAACCUGAUUGCACUUGGUGUUGAUGAUUCACUAGCUCAAGUGUGUUCUGAGAGUGGUUCAAUGGAUCCUCUAAUGAAUGCAUAUGUGGAAAGAAUGCAAGCUACAACGAAGAAAUGGUACAUGAAUAUCCUUGAAGCGGAUAAGGUGCAACCACCUAAAAAGACAGAGGAAGGGAAAUUAUACACACCAGCGGCUGUAGAUCUAUUCAGAAUACUUGGAGAGCAAGUGCAAAUUGUCAGAGAUAAUAGCACCGAUGUUAUGUUGUACAGGAUUGCUUUAGCUAUCAUCCAGGUUAUGAUUGAUUUCCAAGCAGCUGAAAAGAAGAGAGUUGAAGAACCUGCUUCUGAUAUUGGUCUGGAACCUCUAUGCGCUAUGAUAAACAACAACCUUCGCUGCUAUGACCUUGCCAUGGAGUUGAGUAAUAGCACUUUAGAAGCUCUUCCACAGAAUUAUGCGGAGCAGGUGAAUUUUGAAGACACUUGCAAAGGUUUCUUGGAGGUGGCUAAGGAAGCAGUGCAUCAAACAGUUCGCGUUAUCUUUGAGGAUCCAGGAGUUCAAGAAUUACUUGUCAAGCUUUACCAGAAAGAAUGGUGUGAGGGACAGGUUACCGAGUAUCUCGUGGCAACUUUUGGUGAUUAUUUCACAGAUGUGAAAAUGUAUGUUGAAGAAAGAUCAUUUAGAAGAUUUGUUGAAGCUUGUCUGGAAGAAACAGUCGUUGUUUAUGUUGAUCAUCUCCUAACACAGAAAAACUACAUCAAGGAAGAAACUAUUGAACGGAUGCGGCUGGACGAGGAGGUUCUUAUGGAUUUCUUUAGGGAGUAUAUAAGUGCAUCUAAAGUGGAGAGCAGAAUCAGAAUAAUGAGCGAUCUGAGAGAACUUGCGUCCGCAGAGAGUCUGGAUGCAUUUACCCUUGUGUACUCAAACAUUCUUGAGCACCAGCCUGACUGCCCGGCUGAGGUCGUGGAGAAGCUUGUGGGACUGCGUGAAGGUAUACCACGGAAGGACACGAAAGAGGUGGUGCAAGAGUGCAGAGAAAUAUAUGAGAACACCCUUGUAGAUGGUAAUCCCCCAAAGACAGGCUUUGUAUUCCCGAGAGUCAAGUGCUUAGCUGCUAACAAAGGAUCUAUCUGGCGAAAACUCACUUAGGUCAAAUGAGUUUCUAUGAUCGGUAAAACAGCGUUCAGCGUUUGCGCCCCCGCACUACUGUUUUUUUGUUAGGAUGAUGUUAUAUGUUUCUUCUCCAAAUUAUGGCGUUUGCGUCCUGUGUCUUCUUUUUUGCAUUGGUAUCUUUUUGCUCUCUGUAAAUUCUGUGUUUUCUCAAUUUUUGGUUUUAACCUUUUUUAACCUGGAUUGAAAAGUUCAAACGCUCGGUUGUCAUUUGCAGUAGAAUAUUAUUCCGUUGUAUUUAGGAAAACAUAUCUAGUCUUAAUCAAGUUCUAUUGUUUCAUUUA